CUAUGGUGUUUACAAAAGAAUCAAAUACAAAUUGCUGUUAUUUAUGUAAAGGUGCAUUAUUUUUUAAAAAUUACCUAAACUAAUGGCUAAACUAAGUGAUGGUGAUAUUUAUGGUACCACAUUUUCAAUCGAAUCAAUGAAAAUUAUAGCAGAAAGCAUAGGUAUAAGUAAUUUGCCUGAUGAUGCUGCAAAAGAAUUGGCUGACGAAGUAUCGUACAGAAUCAAGCAUAUUAUACAAGAUGCUGCUAAAAUUAUGAAUCACUCAAAACGGAUUAAAUUGGUGCCUAGCGAUGUUGAUGCUGCUUUAAAAAUGAAGAACAUAGAGCCACAAUAUGGAUUUCAUUCUGCUGACCCCUUACCGUUUAGAUUUGCAUCUGGAGGAGGUCGAGAGCUUCAUUUUAUCGAAGAAAAAGAAGUGGAUUUGAAUGACCUUAUACAAAACUUGAAUCCUAAGGCACCCUUAGACGUAACUUUGAGGGCCCAUUGGCUGUGUAUAGAUGGAGUGCAGCCAACUAUUCCAGAAAAUCCACCUCCUGUAGCAAAGGAAAUGCAGAAGUUAGAAUCAGUUGACCCAAUUAAUAAAAUGAAUAAACCUAAUAAAGAGACAUCUGGAAAACCAACUACGGGUAAACAAAAGCUACGCAAUGUAGAAACAGUUCAAAUAAAGCAGCUAGCGACACAUGAAUUAUCUGUUGAGCAGCAACUUUAUUAUAAAGAAAUUACAGAAGCUUGUGUUGGUUCAGAUGAAGCACGAAGAGCUGAAGCACUACAAAGUUUAGCCUCAGAUCCUGGUUUACAUGAAAUGCUGCCAAGGAUGUGUACUUUUAUAAUUGAGGGCGUUCGAGUUAAUGUUGUUCAAAACAAUCUUGCUUUGUUAAUUUACUUGAUGAGAAUGGUCAAAGCUCUUUUGGAUAAUCAAUCAUUGUUUCUGGAAAAAUAUUUGCAUGAAUUAAUUCCGGCUGUAACCACAUGUAUUGUUUCCAAACAACUGUGUAUGAGACCAGAACUGGAUAACCACUGGGCUCUGAGAGAUUUUGCUUCUCGUUUAAUGGCACAAAUUUGUAAAAAUUUCAACACUAGUACCAACAAUAUUCAAACCAGAGUUACACGAAUGUUUACUAAUGCUUUACAUCAGGGUGACAAACUUCCCCUUUCCUCUUUGUAUGGUGCCAUUGAAGGUUUAUCAGAAUUGGGAACUGAGGUCAUCAAGACUUUUAUUUUACCUCACAUAAAGUCAAUAGGUGCUCGGAUAGAAAAUCACCUGGAGGGUACCAUGGUUUCAAAUUUAGAUAAAAUAGCAUCAUCUCAUGUUAAGCAAUUGAUUGUAAAAGUGGUCACUCCUAUAAUCAAGACGUUAAAGAAUCCUCCUGACCAAUUCGACGAUUUUAAAGCAGAAUAUGGUUAUUUAGGAUUUUCCUUAUAUUAUUCUGUGGUCAAAGCGCGAACUCAGCCUACUCCAACAACCACUCCAUCAUCCUCCAAUAUGACAGCUUCAUGUAUCACCUCUGUGGGCGCGAACAUUUCCAGAAGCAUCCCUCAAACUCCAACAAUUAUUCAGCAGCAAACUUCAACACCCAGUCGAACAAUCGUUAUGAAUCAAAGUGGUAGAGUGACAACUCCAACAACCAGUCAAAAAAUAGUAUUUGUUACCCAACGGUCUCAGACGCAGGUCAAUCAACAGCCAACCCAACAGCCCCAACUGCAGGGGUCUCAGAACACUGUAGUGAAAAUAAUGUCUAACACAAACUCCAACAACCAAGCCCAAAAGAUUGUAACUGGCCAACAAAAGCUUGUUGUAGUUGGAAUGCCAAAUUCUUCGUCUUCUGCUUCAGCCAACGUGCAUACUGUAAACACCCAAAGUGGACCAGGAAUUCAAGGGACGACACCUAAUUCUAGUGGGGGUGUGACUACCACGGUGAAUCAAAAUAAUGUAAUAAAUCAGUCAGGACAACCACCGUAUUCUUUAGUUCAAAAGUCUGUAUUUGUACAGCAACCGCAGCCACAGCAACAACAACAACAGAAGCCUAAAGAACAACCCCCUCAAGUUGACGAUUUAUCCCAUCUAGUGUAAUAUGAAAGUGUAAAAGCUUUUGAAACCCUUAAAAUUUGCUACAAUGUAGUAAUUAUCCACAAGAUUGUAAAUACAUAAGUUAUUUUUCUUAUUGUAAUUGACUUUGAUAAAGUUAGAUGAUAGUUGCAUAAAGGUAUCCUUUAUUCAUUGGGCUUAAAAUAAUAAAAUGUCCAUUUUAAUAACUAAAUAAAUGCAUUUUACCUUUU